AUGCCGACCCUCAACCUGAGCGAAUUGAACAUUGUGCUGGGAGUUCUAGGUGCUUUCAUGGUCCUUUAUGGUGUGAUAUCUGUAAAGAUCAAGCAAGCAUGGUACCUAGGUGAAGCAUUGCCCGCCAUGGUCAUUGGCAUUAUACUGGGACCAAUAUCAGCAAAAUUCCUGGACAGUGAAAGAUGGGGCACGGCGCAGGAGGGACAGUCGGAGGCCAUCGCUCUGGGUCUCAUGCGUGUCGUGAUCGGAAUUCAGCUUGUAAUUGCUGGCUAUCAGCUCCCAGCAAAGUACAACGUGAUCCGCUGGAAGGAGUUGACUAUGUGUCUGAUCCCUGUCAUGACCCUUAUGUGGCUCUGCACUACCGGCUGCAUUCUGGCCACUGUUCCCAAGGUCAGCCUGCUCGCCGCGAUGGUGCUCGCUUCAUGCGUGACCUGCACCGACCCAGUCCUCUCGCAGGCUGUUGCCAAGGGACCCUUUGCAGACAAAUUUGUCCCCCGAUACCUUCGAGAAAUAAUUUCUUCUGAGGCUGGAGCAAAUGAUGGUUUUGGGUUUCCCUUCCUCAUGCUGGCUACCUACCUUAUGCGCCACGCAUUCGGUAAGGCUGACCACGGCGAGAGCACUGCCGAUGUUACGCACAUGCUUUUCGCUCGAGCUGGCGAUGUCGGUCGUCUGGGUGGCGGUGUGGGUGAAGCUUUCAAGAACUGGUUCUUGGAGACUUGGCUUUACUACGUCAUCAUGGGCAUUGCCUAUGGCGCUGUGGUGGGAUACUCGUCUUGCCGAGCGGUCAAGUUUGCCCUCAGGAGGGGAUGGAUUGAUGAAGAGUCUUACUUGCUCUUCCCGACUGCCCUUGGCCUCUUCCUCAUUGGCACCUGUGGUGCCAUUGGAACCAACGAUCUUAUCGCUUGCACCGUUGCUGGAAACACCCUGAACUGGGACGGAGACUUCCUCGAGGAAACCAACCGCCGACACGACGAAGUCAACUCGUGUGUGGAUGUGCUUCUCAACUUUGGCGGGUUUAUGUACAUCGGCAUCGUCAUUCCUUGGGCGGACUUUAACGACCCCGACGGUACCGGCGUGACCUACCCACGACUGAUUGCGCUCGGUGUCAUGGUCCUCCUCUUCCGACGCAUUCCGGCAAUCCUUGCGCUGUAUAAGCUUAUGCCCGCGGUCGUCAAAAACUACAAAGACGCUCUAUUCAUGGGCUACUUUGGCCCCAUUGGAGUCGGCGCGGUCUUCUACCUGGAGCACGUCCGUCACCUGUUCCCACAUGCGGGAGAAGGCGACGAGGAAGAGACGAACCUUAUCAACGCCCUGGGACCCGUCAUUUACUGGCUGGUGUUCUUUUCAAUCGUUGUCCACGGCCUGUCUAUUCCUGCACUCAAUCUCAUCUACAAACGUCUCGGUGUCAAGCCGAUCCAGGAAGAUGCUGUCGAGAUCCGACGUAAGUCGCUGUUGGUGGCUACGCCUGCCAACGCUAUCGCCGGCGAUUCGGACACCUUCAUUGCCUACAACCGCUUCAGCCGACCGGUGUUUGACCUUCCUGUCCUGCCUGGGAUCCAGGACACGCAGCCGGCAAACGUCAAUGCGGGAGGCGAAUAUCCCGACUGUUCUGACGAUGAAUUGGAGAAGGAAAAGAAGAAGAAGCCUCAUCGACGAACUAUUCGUUACAUGGUAUAG